GCCCCUGACUCGGCCCUCUGGGCGCGCGUGACCGUCGCUGCCGUCCUCUCCGCUCGACCCACCGCUCUCCCGCUGGGACCCGGGCCCACGAUGCUGGCGCUGCGCUGCAGCCCUCGCCUGUUUGGCCGGCUCCCCGGCCUGAGCUCCGUGCCACUGCGCCUCCCCGCGGCCCGCGCCUGCAGUGGCGGCAGCAGCGCCCGCGACCCGUCCUCUUCCUCCGAGAACCCGCUAGUGUACCUGGACGUGGGCGCCGACGGGCAGCCGCUCGGCCGCGUGGUGCUGGAGCUGAAGGCAGAUGUCGUCCCAAAGACCGCAGAGAACUUCAGAGCCCUGUGCACCGGGGAGAAGGGCUUCGGCUACAAGGGCUCCACCUUUCACAGAGUGAUUCCGUCCUUCAUGUGCCAGGCUGGCGACUUCACCAACCACAAUGGCACAGGGGGGAAGUCCAUCUAUGGAAGCCGCUUUCCUGACGAGAACUUCAAACUGAAGCACGUGGGACCAGGUGUCCUGUCCAUGGCAAAUGCAGGCCCCAACACCAACGGCUCCCAGUUCUUCAUCUGCACCAUAAAGACAGACUGGCUGGAUGGCAAACAUGUUGUGUUUGGCCACGUCAAAGAAGGCAUGGAUGUCGUGAAGAAAAUAGAAUCUUUCGGCUCCAAGAGUGGGAAGACAUCCAAGAAGAUUGUCAUCACAGACUGCGGCCAGUUGAGCUAACCCGCUGUGGCCAGGGCACUAGGCCGGUGGCAGCUGCUGCACUUGAGCUGAUUCACUCAGACGGCUGCCUCGGGCUCCCAGCUCAGGGACCCCUGGAAGUUGCCUGUGCUCACCCCACCGUCUCAGGAAUAUGGGACCUCACAGGACCCACCAGGCUGCUUCCCCAGUGCCCGCCCUACCCCGCCACCCGUUUCUAGACAUCUGUCAUGGACCCCGUCUCACCACACCUCAUCAGGCAUUGCCUGUGAUCACCCUGCCCAAAUUCACCUGUGCCUUGGACGUCGGAGGUGGUGAUAGGUUAGCUUUCAGGGCAGUUUCUGCCUUUUCUCUGACCGAGGGGGAAAGCUGGUUGCUGGAAAGGGCUGGAAUAUCUGUUUAAUGUCAUCUUCCUAAUUGGAAUAAUUUAACUAAGAAGAGUGCCGAGAGCCAAAGCUGUGACACUAACUACGCCAGGCCGUGGUGAGACCUGAGUCAGUGGCACCAGCCACAGACCCUCAGAGCUUGCCUUUGGAGCACAAUCCGGGUUUUCGUGAAGGUCCCAUGGCCAAGACCUUAUAUCCCAGCCACUGUGAAUCCCGCUGGUUUGCUGCUCUUGUUUGGGGGGAGUCCCUCGGGGUGGAAGCAGCUGACCCUGGGAACAGACCCCCUGCGAGCUGUGCCUCGUCAAUGUGAAUUCCCAAGUUGAAAACAGAAAUGACCUGUAAGUGCCACAUGCCCUGGAAGGAAGUCAAAGUGUAUUUCCCGGUGGGCUUUGAUGUUUCUCUGCUGUGUUUAAUAAAUUAAAUCUACUGAUUAUGUACACUUCUGGAACACUGAUUUGUGUUCACCUUAAAUGUGAAAAUAAACCCUAUUUUCUGUAGAA